CAUUCUAGUAUUCUAUAACCUAUAUUGUACUGUAGUGUAAAAGAAAUAGAUCAACGUCAGUAAGACAAGUUGUUAAUGGAAUCGUGAAAAAAAUUAAUUUCGGAGCAUAAAAUUUAGUUACAUUUUCUCCUAAGAUUUGAACAAAAAUUAAGCAUAAUGGGAGAACGAAAGGGAACAAAUUUGUAUUAUCCACCGGAUUAUGAUCCUCGUGCCGGUGGUCUCAACAAAUUCCUAGGUACUCAUGCAUUACGUGAGCGAGCUCGGAAACUCCAUAUGGGCAUCUUGAUCAUACGGUUUGAGAUGCCCUAUAAUAUAUGGUGUAAUGGAUGUGGGAAUCAUAUUGGCAUGGGUGUUCGAUAUAAUGCUGAAAAGACAAAGAUUGGAAUGUAUUAUAGCACACCGUUAUAUCAGUUUCGCAUGAAAUGUCAUCUCUGCGACAACCACUUUGAGAUAAAAACUGAUCCUGCUAAUUUGGACUAUGUCAUAGUAAGUGGUGCAAGACGUCAAGAAAAUCGAUGGGAUCCUACACAGAAUGAACAAGUAGUGCCUGAAACAAAAGAAGUGUCAUGUAGAUUAUAUGAUGAUGCAAUGUACAAAUUGGAACAUGGUAUGGAAGAUAAAAAAGUAGCUAAAUCCAGAGAUUCAGCAUUGGAAGGUGUGAUAAAUUUGAAUGAAAAUAUCUGGAAAGAUGAUUAUAGCUCAAAUUGUGCAGUGAGAGCUUUAUUUCGGGAAAAGAAAAAGGAACUAAAGAAGAAACAAUCUGAGGAUCAUACAUUGUUAAAAAAGACAGGACUAGAUAUUAAUUUAGUAAAUGAACAUAAGGAUGACAUUAAACUAGCUAAAUUGCUCACUUAUAAAAAAGAUGCAAAACACAAAAAGAGCACAAAUUUAAAACAAUUGGUCUCAAUUGUAAGAUCUAAAAAUAAUAAAAAAAAGAUUGCUUCUUCAAAUAACCGAUUGAAAAUGCAAAAUCAGAUGUCGCCAAAAAUACAAGAGAUAACAGACAGUCCUACUACUUCCAAAUCCAGUAAUUCGAGCACAUCUUUGGUGAAUUAUGAUAGUUCUAGUACUGAAAGUGAUACUUAAUACUUUAGCAUUUUAUAUAAUUACGAAAAAGACAUGUAUAUGUGUUAUAUAUAUUAUAUAUUUAU